CCAGUAUCGCAGUCCGAAGCUUCUCUCAUUUCCUCCUUCCCGGUCAGUAAUACGGGGCUGCGUUACAGAAACAUGCCACAGCAACAUCUGUGCGCAUCUGAGUAGUCUGCUGGCUGUCUCGCGCCCUGCCGAGUGCGCACUAUGGCCUCUGCUGCUGACGUGUAGUGUCUCCCCUCCUGCACGCAUGCGCAGUCGCCCCAGAGAAGUACGCGGUGCGCUGCGCAUUGGAGCCGGUGGCGUGCGGGAGUUUGACGUGGCACUACUCGCCGUGCACUUUCAGGAUUCCGAGCGAAGCGGACGCUGCCCAGUCUCCCAUUCUACUACUUAGGUUUUUGUCGGGUUGCCAGAUUGGCAUGAGAAGAAUCCCCUGACAGCAUGAGCCAGCAGGGAUACGUCGCGGCCCCCCCUUACUCCCAGGCACAGCCCGGGAUGGGGGGGUACCCCAGUGGGUAUGGAGCAACCCCCGCCCAGCCCAUGUACGGGCACUACGGAGCACCUGCACAGGCCUUCUCCGCCCCACCCACAGGUGUUGCCAAAGGGCCAGUGGCCACGCCCCCUCCUGUGUCUCAGUACGGAUCACCACUGCAACAGAACGGAGCACACACACAGAGGUUCCCACCCCCUGCAGCAGGCCCCUCCUCCUUUGGCCCGCCCCCUCAGGUGUCCUACCAGAGCAUGGCCCCUCAGGUCCCACCCCCCACCCAGCAGCUGGCCAAUCAGAUGGGGGCCAUGCAGAUCGGUAACUAUGGCCAAAUGCCCCAGGCCCCCCAGCUCUGCUUCCCAGAUGAGCCCGCCCCCUUGAUGUCCCAGCCAGCCCCACCCUCAAUGAUGUCACAUCAAGCUCCGCCCUCAAUGAUGUCACAAUCAGCUCCACCUUCAAUGAUGUCACAUCAAGCUCCACCCUCAAUGAUGUCACAUCAAGCUCCGCCCCCAAUGAUGUCACAACCAGCUCCACACCCCAUGAUGUCACAGUCCGGACCCAUGGCUCCAGGGCCCCAGACUCCUCCCAUGGGAUCGCCUCCACCAAUGGGAGCUGCCCCUCCGAUGACUGGCAUGAUGUCUGGCCCGCCUCCGAUGGGAGGGGUUGGAUUCCAGCAGCAUCCUGGUCAGGGGGGACCCCAGGGGUUUCCACAGCAACCAGGUCCGGGUCCAUAUGGGGGACCAAUGGGAGCACCACAGUCGGGGUUCCCCGGGGCUUUUCAAGGGGGGGCAGCACAGAUGGCUGGACCCCCCCAGAAGAAACUGGACCCUGACUCCAUCCCCAGCACAACUCAGAUGAUUGAGGAUGACCAGGCCAAGCGUGGAGGGCAGCUCUACACCACAAACGUCAGAGGACAGGUGCCCCCCCUCGUCACCACCAACUUCACCGUGCAGGACCAAGGUAAUGCCAGUCCUCGGUUCAUGCGCUGCACCACGUACACGUUCCCCUGCACAGCAGACCUGGCCAAACAGUGUCAGGUUCCCCUGGCAACCAUCAUCAAGCCCCUCGCUACCAUCCCAAAGAACGAGGCCCCUCUGUUUAUGGUGAAUCACGGUGAGACGGGUCCGAUACGCUGUAACCGCUGCAAGGCCUACAUGUGCCCCUACAUGCAGUUCAUGGACGGGGACAAUACCCAGUGUGGCUUCUGCAGCUGUGUCAAUGAAGGCAGGAGUAACAACAAGCUGCCCAACCCCCCUGCUUACAUCUUCAUGAUUGACGUGUCUUUCUCCAACAUCAAGAGCGGCCUGGUCAGACUAGUGUGUGAAGAACUCAAGACUCUACUGGACAACCUGCCCAGGGAGGACGGUAUGGAGAGCUCGGCGGUCAGGGUGGGCUUCGUCACCUACAAUAAGAUCCUGCACUUCUACAACGUGAAGGGAGCGCUGGCGCAGCCCCAGAUGAUGGUGGUGUCCGACGUGGUCGAUAUGUUCCUGCCGCUCCUCGACGGCUUCCUCGUCAACUAUGACGAGUCCCGCGCCGUCAUCAACAAUCUGUUGGAUCAGAUUCCCGACAUGUUUGCUGACACUAAUGAGAGUGAGGCGAUUAACUCCGAUCACACACAGGCAGGACUAGAGGCUCUGAAGGCAGCUGAGUGCAGUGGGAAGCUCUUCCUGUUCCACUCCUCCAUUCCUACCGCCGAGGCUCCUUGGAAACUCAAAAACAGAGACGACAGGAAGCUCGUCAACACAGACAAGGAGAAGACUCUGUUCCAGCCUGCACGGGGUGUGUAUGAGUCCCUGGUGAAGGAGUGUGUGACGCAGGGCUGCAGUGUGGAUCUGUUCCUGUUCCCCAGUCAGUACCUGGACACGGCCACCAUGGGCCACCUGCCCACACACACCGGGGGGUCCGUCUACAAGUACAACAACUUCCAGGCGGAGACAGACGGAGAGAACUUCCUGAGUGACCUGCGGAAGGACAUCGAGAAACCCAUCGGCUUCGACGCCAUCAUGCGUGUCCGCACCAGCACAGGGUUCCGGGCCACAGAUUUCCAUGGGGCCGUGUACAUGAACAACACCACGGAUGUGGAGAUGGCGUCCAUCGACUGCAACAAGGCCGUCACCGUGGAGUUCAAACAUGACGACACACUGAGUGAGGAGACAGGUGCACUUAUGCAGUGUGCCCUGCUAUACACCACGGUGGGGGGACAGCGGCGUCUGCGUGUCCACAAUCUGAGUCUGAGCUGCAGCGGCCAGCUGUCCGAACUCUACAAGAGCUGCGAGACCGACGCACUCACCAACUACUUCGCCAAGUCAGCGUACCGCGCCAUGUUGAACCAGCCCCUGAAGACGGUCAGGGAGAUCUUGGUCAACCAGACCGCACACAUGCUGGCCUGCUACCGCAAGAACUGUGCGAGUCCUUCAGCCGCUAGUCAGCUGAUCCUGCCGGACGCUAUGAAGGUGUUCCCUGUGUACAUGAACAGCCUGAUGAAGACGCUGCCACUAGUGGGCAGUAGUGAGCUGUCCACUGACGAGAGGGCCUACCAGAGACUCACAAUGCUCAGCAUGGGCGUGGAGGACACACAGCUGCUGCUCUACCCACGACUCAUACCUGUGCAUACCAUGAGUGUGGACAGUGAUGUCAUCCCGGCGGCUGUGCGCUGCUCUGAGGAGCGACUGACGGAUGGGGGCGUGUUCCUGCUGGACAAUGGGCGGGGCCUCUUCCUGUGGGUGGGGCAGGCCUGCCCCCCUGACCUCGUGCAGAGUCUCUUCAACGUGCCGUCCGUCGCUCACCUCCCAGCUGACCUGAGCUCUCUACCUGACCUGGAUAACACCCACUCAAAGAAGCUGCGUUCCAUCAUCUCAUCCAUCUGUGAGCAGAGGCCUAACUCUAUGAAGCUGGUGGUGGUGCGGCAGAAGGACCGGCCGGAGGUCCUGUUCCGGCAGCUGCUGGUGGAGGACAAGGGUCUGCAUGGGGGGGCCUCCUACAUGGACUUCCUCUGCUACGUCCACCGCGAGAUACGACAGCUGCUCACCUAAACACACACUCGCACACACACUCUCUCUCUCUCUCACACACACACACACACACACAUCCUCUCUCUCUUUCUCACACACACACACACACACACACACACACAUACAACCACUCUCUCUCUCCCUCACACACACACACACACACACACACACACACACUUGAGACUGGGAGAGAGGCUCGGUAUGCCCAGUGUAUCCAGCUGCCCUCUCCUUUGAUAUGGGAUUUAGAUGGAACUCCCACAAUGCUCUGCUCUGGACUACACUACCCACAGUGCAAUUCUUCACCGGCAAUUCUGUGGAUAUGGACUUUUGGGACCUGAAGCUCAUUCCCGCGGUGACACAGACCAUGACCCUGUAAUUAAACCUGUAGGUGUGUGUGUGUGUGUGUGUGUGUGUGUGUCACUGCUGGCCACACAUCCACUUCUUCUCCCUCUCCUCUCCCCUCACUUGUCAGAUUUGGCCAUUGGCCAGCAGAGGGCAGCCUUACCCCGUACUCAUGAGGUCACCCAGUGUUUCUAUGUUUGUGUAACGCACAAGUCCAGCUGGAGUUGGAGUAGCCCCAACUUAGUGCUUCAUGUGGCGCACCUGCGACCUCACCAUCAUGGAGUCAUACCCCACCCGCACACUGCCUUCGACCUCCCCAUCAUGGCGUCAUACCCCACCCGCACACUGCCUUCGACCUCCCCAUCAUGGCGUCAUACCCACCCGCACAAUGCAAGUGAGUCAGCACGACCUUCACCCCCCGGCCAGUCCCUCCUCCCCCCUCUCCACCGGGACUGCUGAUUCUGCCUUAACUGCCCCUUGACAGGUGCUGUGUCCAUGGGACUAACACAUCACAUCACACCACAUCACCCUGUGUCCAUGGGACUAACACAUCACAUCACACCACAUCACCCUGUGUCCAUGGGACUAACACACCACAUCACACCACAUCACCCUGUGUCCAUGGGACUAACACCACACCACAUCACACCACAUCACAUCACACCACACAUCAUCACACCACAUCACAUCACCCUGUGUCUAUGGGAUUAAAACAUCACAUCACCCCGUGUCCAUGGGACUAAAACAUCACAUCACAUCACCCCGUGUCCAUGCAUGGCCGGAUUAUCAUGACCACGGGCCCUGGGCACAAAAUUGGAAUGGGUCCCCCCUCCCACCCCGCACGCACGCACGCAUGCACACACGCAGGCAAAUAGCCAACAAGCUCACUCUCGCGAAGGACACAGUGUUUAUUUACAGCGCAUAAACCCUCAAUCUAACAGGCUACAGAUACGUAUGUUUUGGUGUUGUUUUUUUUCUCAUGGAUUAGCCUACCUUUUUGAAAAAGUUUGAAAACUGUUGAAAAAUAUUUCUCCUCGAGGAAAUGUUUUGAAUUCUGGCAGCUAAUUGGGUGUUUUUCGCGCAAUUUUGGACAGAAACGUUAAGAUGAAGACAGGCAAGCUGCCCGUCUGUCUCAUCCAAACCACACACUGCAUGCGUGAAACAAACACAACAACUUAGACAUCACAAUAAAUGAGGAUACUCAUAAAUAAAUCUGCACUGAUAAGAUGUUUAAUUGACAGAAAUCAAUUACGUUUGUGUAGGCUAUCAUCUAGAAACUAAAAUCUUUCUAAGCAGCCCAUCAGAGGUUCUCAAAGCUGCUGUAACCUAAUGGGUGUGCUUUAUGAUUAGUGACUCUGGCCAUGCGAACACUCUCACGUCCCGUACCUGCUGAUCCAGUAAUAUAUUCACCUUUAGCUUCGUCUCUGGUCAAAACGUGUGUCAUAUUGAUAGCAUGUAAGCCAUGUCUGCACUAUUGCAAUCUAUACCUGCCAUUAACAAACACGAAUGCGCUCGCUAUGCGUAAAGCCCCUAAAUUAUGUGUGUGCUUACUGCGCUACACUCAAAAGUUUAGACAGAAGUGGAUUUCAUGUUUGUAGGUUGUUGAAGUGUGGACUAACUGCUCAAUUGUGUUCAAGAAACCGCUACAUUAGCUAAAAUGACAUCUUCACACGACGAGUAGCCUUGUCUGGAUGUUAUGAACUGUUUCGACGUGAUUGCUCGCCUUCACUCACUGACUGUGUCAGUGUCAAAGCUGACGGCAGGCGGCAGACACUGUUUCUGAUUUAGCAUAGAAGUCAGACACUGUCAGUCAGUCAGUCAGACACUGUUUCUGAUUUAGCAUAGAAUUUUGAUCGAAUGGGUUGCACAAAUCUGCAUAUGAUUAAGGAAGUGCGGACUGCCUUUAUAACUUGAUCGAACAUAAUAUUUUGACUGUGCCCAGGGCCCCUUACUGGACCGGUGCCCCUGGGCAAGUGCCCAAUUGCCCUAAUGGUUAAUCCGGCCCUGGUCCAUGGGAUUAAAACAUCACAUCACCCCUGUGCCCAUGGGACUAAAACAUCACAUCACCCCGUGUCCAUGGGAUUAAAACAUCACUUCACCC